CCUAUGCUGCUGUUGCCUCCCCUCUCUGUCUGUCCCUGCUUCGGAAGGUAGAGUAGUUGGCUGUGGACCUCUGCCUCCUUGUCCUCUUCUCUCCUCCUUUUUGACUACCAGGACACCAGUUAGCCCCAACGUCGUGUGUGGGCACCAGUCAGAAGAGAGUGGCUCCUACCUGUAAGUCCCCAAGGGUCUCUUUGCCAGCUACUGCUGCCACUCAGGAACAAGGGUACUUUUUUCCUUCUCACUUUUCAUCCUUUCUUUUUCUGUUCAAGGCUUCUCUGCAGCUGUGGUAGGACUAGGAGUGUCACGCUCAAACUCUCCUGUGUCCUUCCUCUUUCUUGUUUGCUAUCUCUCAAUCUCUUGAAGGUUGUUCAUGGUGCACAGGGACAUUACUGACAGGUCUGAGUCAUUUUGCAUGAUCACUUCCCCUGUCUGAGAGAAUGAAGGAAUAGGAACAUUGGAGAAGAUGAUUCUUUGGGCUGGCCUGCUUCUCCUGGAUUUUUGGAAAUUCUCAACGGUCGCCAGUCAAUGCCACAUGGAGUCUCAUCUCAACAGGAAAAGUAGUGGAAGGACACAUUUUGUUCAGCACAAAUUUUGAGUUCCAGUGCUGUGGAGUCGGACUGGACUCCUGUUUGGAUUACUAGGGUUCGUGUCUGUGUGGAAGUAGCUGUAGAGUACCUGGCUCUGUGUAGUCAUGGGCAAUGCGGCUGGGAGUAUGGAGUUUCCAAUGGGGAAGGAGGGGAAGACAGUGUCGUUCCCCCCAGGCUCAGAAACCCCCCAGAAACAGGCGGCGGGGCCCAAAAUUCCCAUGCCGGCCGAAGAGGAGUUAGAGGAGCGCUUCAAUGUGGUGCUGAACUCCAUGAAUCUGCCUCCAGACAAGGUGAAGAUCCUGUGUCAGUAUGACAGCGAGAAGAAGUGGGAGCUGGUCUGUGAUCAGGAACGGUUCCAAGUGAAGAAUCCACCCUCUGCUUACUUGCUGAAGCUCAGAAGUUAUCUUGACCAGGGAGGGAUUAGUCAUAAGUUCAAGAGGCGUGUCCAGGAGUCCACACAGGUCUUGAGAGAGCUGGAAAUUUCCCUGAGGACCAAUCAUAUUGGCUGGGCUCAGGAGUUCCUCAGUGAGGAGAACCGGGGCCUGGACUUCCUGGUUGACUAUAUGUCCUUCGCCCAAUGUGCCGUCACCUAUGACAUGGACAGUUUGGAUAACGGGACAGCCACACCGGACAAAUCUGUGGAGGACUUGACGAGGAGUGCCGGUAACUCUCCAAUCCAUAGUGCUUCUAAAGCUGCUCGUUCCCUUACUGUGAGAUUCAACGCUCUCCACAGCAGGAAAGCGAUGAGGAACUCACGCCUCGUCAGUCAGAAAGACGACGUUCACCUCUGCAUCAUGUGCCUCCGUGCAAUCAUGAACUACCAGUCUGGGUUUAACCUGGUGAUGACCCACCCGUGUUGUGUGAACGAGAUCACCCUCAGCCUCAACAACAGGAACCCCAGGACCAAAGCUCUAGUGCUGGAGCUGCUGGCUGCUGUAUGUCUAGUGAGGGGCGGUCAUGACAUCAUCCUCUCCGCUUUUGACAACUUCAAAGAGGUAUGUGGAGAGAGGAGCCGAUUCGAGAAGCUCAUGGAGUAUUUCUCCAAUGAAGACAGCAACAUUGACUUCAUGGUGGCGUGCAUGCAGUUCAUCAACAUCAUGGUCCACUCCGUUGAGAACAUGAACUUCAGGGUCCAUCUGCAGUAUGAGUUUAGCCACCAUGGCCUGGAUGACUACCUCCAGAGGUUAAAGUUCACGGAGAGUGACAGGCUGCUGGUGCAGAUCCAGGCCUACCUGGACAACGUGUUUGAUGUGGGGGCUCUGCUGGAGGAUGCGGAGACCAAGAACGCCCUGUUGGAGCACAUGGAGGAGCUGCAGGACCACAAUGCACAGAUAAGCAGCAGAUUGCAAGAGAGUGAGAGGGAGGCGUUGGAGACAGUGUCAGAGUUGGAGAAACAUCUCAUCCAGACCACCAAAGAGGUUGAGCUCCUAAAGGGGAGUCUGCGGGAGUCCUGUUCCCAAGUGACCAUUCUACAACAGAGGGAGAUAGAGAGAGAGAUAGAACGAGAGAGGGAAAGAGAGAGGCAGAGGGAUAGAGAUCGUUCGGCCCAGGCCUUGGCGGAGCUGGAGGAGAAAGUUCAGGGGCUUGUGGACCAGCAGCUGAUUCGAAUGGAGCGCUCGUCAUCGGGACACCUGGACCUCCAUGUCGUCCCUUUCAUCCUUCCUGUUUCCAUCCAUGCUGAAACAGAACAAAUCACGACUGUCGAUGGCCCUGUUGCCCCUCCCACAUCAUUAGUCCCACCCCCACCCCCACCCCCUGCUCCUCCUUUACCUGGUGCAACAGAGGUCACGGCACAAGCUCCUCCUCCUCCUCCUCCUCCUCCUCCUCCUCCUCCUCCUCCUCCUCCUCCUCCUCCUCCUCCACCUCCACCUCCUCCUCCUCCUCCAUGCUCGAUGGCAACACCACCUCUGCCCCCCUCUUCCAGGGCAAACAAGAAGGCCAUUCAGACUAAGUACCGUAUGCCUUCAUUCAACUGGCAGGCCCUCAAACCCAACCAGGUGGCUGGAACCAUCUUCAAUGAGCUGGAUGAUGAGAAUGUUUUGGGGGAGUUGAACAUGGACGCCUUUGAGGAGCAGUUUAAGACCAAGGCCCAGACAGCCCCGGCUGACGUGGGGACUCUGAGAGCGAAGGUGGCCCAGAAGACCCACAGCAAAGUGUCCCUACUGGAGUCCAACAGGGCCAAGAACCUGGCCAUCACCCUGCGUAAGGGAGGCAUGGCAACCUCGGACAUCUGCACCGCUAUAGAGACGUAUAACCAGGAAGCUCUGAGCCUGGACUUCCUGGAGCUGCUGGAGCGUUUCAUCCCCUCAGAGUACGAAGUGAAGCUCAUCCAGAACUACGAGCGAGACGGGAGGCCCCUGGACGAGCUCCCCGAGGAGGACCGCUUUAUGGUGCGCUUUGGCAAGAUCCCACGGCUAGCCCAGCGCAUCAGCACACUCACCUUCAUGGGCAAUUUCCCCGAGAGCAUCCAGCUCAUCCAGCCGCAACUCAACGCAAUCAUCGCUGCCUCAAUGUCAAUCAAGUCCUCUAGCAAGCUGAAGAAGAUCCUUGAGAUCAUCCUAGCCUUUGGAAACUACAUGAACAGCAGCAAGAGAGGAGCAGCCUACGGGUUCCGCCUGCAGAGUCUCGACUUGCUCUUAGACACUAAGUCCACAGACCGGAAACAGACUCUGCUGCACUUCAUAGUGAGCAUCAUCCAGGAGAAAUACCCUGAGCUCCAAGCCUUCCACAGCGAGCUGCACUUCAUGGACAAGGCUGCUCUGGUGUCCCUGGAUAGCAUUCUGCAGGACGUGUGUGCCCUGGAGAGGGGCAUGGAGGUAACCAGGAAAGAGUUUGCCGUACAGGAAGACAACCCUGUGCUGCAAGAUUUCCUCACCAGCAACAAUGACCUGCUGGACUCUGUAGUAGAAGAUGGCAAGACUGCCCAGGAUGUGUAUGAAUCAACAGUGGAGUACUUUGGAGAGAACCCUAAAACCACACCUCCCUCCAUGUUCUUCCCUGUCUUCGUGAGGUUCAUCAAGGCCUAUAAGCAAGCAGAGCAGGAGAAUGAGCAGAGGAAAAAGCAGGAUGUGUUGUCCAGAGAAGGGAGAACGGGGCCACCGUCGACAUCAGCGAAGCCUGAAAUACCUCAGAAGCAGGUACCUAUGAUGCCCAAGCUGCCCCAGAUGGACCUGAUAGCAGAGCUGAAGAGGCGGCAGGUGAUCCCCCUGGUCCGGGAGGGCAAGGAUGGAGCCAUCGAGGACAUCAUCACAGCUCUAAAGGCUGUGCCCUUCACGGCUCGCUCUGGCAAGCGCUCCUCUCGCCUCUUCUGCGACUCUGGCUUCAGUGAUGAGAGCCCGACAUAAUCCCCUCGAAAGUGUGUAGACCUGAGGAACCAGCCGUACAGGCGGACAGACGGCUCCCGAGUCAGCGCCAAGUGGAAGCCCGGGCAAAAGCUCCAAGUCUCCUCCGAUAUUUCCCUGUGAAAGCACACACACUCGCGCUCCAUUCAAACAAUCAC